AGAACAAACAUCAUAAUGUCGUAGAUUAUUACAAAAUUGUAGUGAAUGUGGUUGUUGGCACGUUGAAGAAAAUCAGAAAAGUGUUCAAUAAAAAACAAACAUGGGUAGUGGGCAGUCGGUGCGCGCCACCCACUUCCAGAACAAGAACGCGAGGAAAGAACCAGCGCCGGAUCCUGAUGACGAGCCAGAGACGCACCACAUCAGCAUCUCUAACAAGAUGGUGGAGCGCCUAGUGGAGGAUGCGGCGCUAUCAGGCGGCACCAAGACUGUUACGGUUGCGCAGACGCCGAAAAAGACCCGCAGCGACCACAAGGAGCGCGUGCUCAUUGAGAGACUGCGCAGUUUGGAUGAUGCGCACUCCGAGAGAACUGGGCUAACAAUGGACGAAGUGAAGGCAACAGCGAAGCGUGUAGAGAUGCGCACGUCGAACUUGUCGUCUGUGGAGCCGGUGUGCGCCGAGUACGCAGACCGCGUCAUCGAGUGCUACCUCAAUAGCCCCAAACCGCAGGACGCCAGCCAGUGUUGGGAUACUGUUGCAAACUUCUCAAGGUGCGUGCAGGAGUCGGCGACACAUCGCCUGCGCGCGCGCACGGAGAAGGAGGCGCGCGACGCCGAGCGGCGCUCGCGCAACAUCUCGCAGGCCUUGCCCGCGCUGCAAGACCACAUCUCCGCGCCGCCGGAGAUACACUCUUGAUGGACAAGUAGAUAGGUUAAAGGCGUUUCUACCAAAGCGGAGGAAACCGACCAAUCCAGCAAGCGAAUGACUCUGUUCCUAGUUGCGAUUGGUCGUUUCUGGCAUAUCUCCACUCGUCUUCUCUUCUCUUC